AAUGCCCCGGGCGUAACGUCAUCCAUCUCGCUCGCUGGGCCGUCCCCCGUCGGCUCGAUCCCCACAGCCCAACCACCACCAAGCCGGCCGGCCGCCGCGAGCGGGGGACUGAUUCCCCUCCCCCAUGGCGUCGAAGCAGAUGGAGGAGAUCCAGCGGAAGCUGGCGGUGCUGGCCUACCCGCGCGCCAGCGCGCCCGCGCAGUCCCUCCUCUUCGCCGGCGUCGAGCGCUACCGCCUCCUCGAGUGGCUCUUCUUCCGGCUGCUGGGCGACAGAUCGCCGUUCACCCAGCAGAACUGGCAGGUGGACAGCCUCGACCGCGACGAGGAGAACAGCAGGAUCCAGCACUUGGCGGAGAUCGCGAAUUUCCUCGGUAUCACGCCUUCGGUCGACACUGAGGCGAUUCAGAUCUCUGGUGUGUGGUCAGAAUUGCAAACUCAGAUUCAGCGAGUGUCAUCUUUUGUGGUGUUGCAGGGCAGAGGCAGCUACGACGAGCGGGUGGAGUUCCUCCGUCUAAUUGUUGACUUGGUGGAAGCUAGCUGCUAUGCCGACAAUCCAGAGUGGAGUGUUGAUGAGCAGUUGGCAAAGGAUGUACAACUUGUAGAUUCCAUUGCUGAGAAACAGGCGCAAAUUUUUUCGGAGGAGUGCAAGCUUUUUCCUGCAGAUGUUCAAAUACAAUCGAUUUAUCCCCUGCCUGAUAUAGCAGAACUAGAGUUGAAGCUCUCUGAGUAUACCAAAAAGAUGUCAAAUCUGCAACAGAUGGUGCAGGAGCUAGCCUCAAAGUAUGACUAUAAUCCGAAUGAAGACUAUGCCGAGACAGAGUUGAAGUUGAGGGAACAUUUGCAAUCUUUUCUCGAAACAGUAAAAUCCUUCAAUAUGAUAUACACUAAGGAAAUUCAUCCUUGGACCCACAUGAUGGAGGUGCCACAGUUGCAUGGGUUUGGUCCAGCUGCUAACCGCUUGUUAGAGGCUUAUAACACACUUCUAAAGUUCCUUGGAAAUCUGAGGAGCCUGCGAGAUUCAUAUACAGCAAUGGCAGCUGGGUCACUUUCAAAUUCAAGCGAGCCCUCAUCCGUCACAAAAAUCAUUUCAGACUGUGAAUCCGCGCUCACGUUCUUAAACAACAGCCUUGCCAUCCUUUCAACUUCCGUGGCACGGGAGCAGGGUGAAACACUCUGAUUGUAUGGCCAUCUUAUACCAAGAUUCAACUCUGCUACACGUGUGUAAGCUUGUAGUGUUUCAGUUGUUUGCCUUUUGGUUUCAGUUGAGGCGCGGAGUAAAGCUUGUGUUCCCAUUGGGUCGUGUAUUUGUGUGUGGUUGUUUGAUUCUUUUGCAGUUGUAACUUGUGACGUUCAAUGAACAGUUCUUAUAAAUUUGAUAGCAUAGCACUAGUGAAAUGUGUUUCUACAUUCAUAGCGAAACUGAUUGUGAUGGCUUAUGGAUUAUGUCUCUGCGCCUCAUUGGUGCAUUCAUCGA